AAGCAGACGUCACGCGUCACAUUGCCACUUCCGGUUGCCUUCCGUAGCUGACGUACAGGUGGACGUGUAUGAAGCUGCGAUGGCAGGAACAGCGUUAAAAAGACUAAUGGCGGAAUAUAAACAACUCACUCUGAAUCCUCCAGAAGGCAUCGUCGCAGGUCCUGUGAAUGAAGAGAACUUCUUUGAGUGGGAAGCAUUAAUCAUGGGACCAGAAGACACAUGUUUUGAGGGUGGUGUGUUUCCGGCUCUCCUCAGUUUCCCGUCUGAUUAUCCACUCAGUCCUCCAAAGAUGAAGUUCACCUGUGACAUGUUUCACCCCAACAUUUACCCAGAUGGCCGUGUCUGUAUCUCGAUCCUUCACGCCCCUGGUGACGAUCCAAUGGGGUAUGAGAGCAGUGCUGAGAGAUGGAGUCCUGUACAGAGUGUGGAGAAAAUCUUACUGAGUGUCAUAAGCAUGCUCGCAGAGCCGAAUGAUGAGAGCGGGGCAAAUGUCGACGCCUCGAAGAUGUGGAGAGAGGACAGAGGCCAGUUCAACAGACUUGCCAAGAAGAUUGUCCGGAAAUCCCUCGGGCUCUAACAAACAAACACACACACACACAGAGCACUUUAUCUGAGCCGAGCUUUUCUUCUCCUUCAUUGAACUGAUGGACAGAUGUAGAAGCGCUCUUCCUCCCCAUGUUCUUCAGAUUGGUCAUCUUCUGUGAAGAAGAUGGAGUGAUGCAGGAGAAAUGAUGAUGAGGAACAGACUGAAGAAGACGCAGUGUUUCUUUCUUUAGAUUUAUUUUUCUCAGAGUCUGACAUACAGUUUUAGUUUAAUGCUGCCUUAUUAAGAGCCCCUGAGGGAUUGUGGGUAAUGAGAGAGAUUGAGGGAUUGUGGGUAAUGAGUGUUUUGCUAUAAAAGCAUGUUACAGUUUAAUUUGUUUAAAGGAUUUUGUUGAUUUGUUUUUCUGCAGUGACAAUAUGCACCAAUAAAACCACCUGAACCAUC